AAAAAAAAAACUUUAGUUGUUUUUGAUGAAAUGCCUUACCCUAUCAUAUUCCCUUUGCCUCUUCCUUAAACCCACAUCACAACCAGCCAAGUUAAUGAUUUCCUCUAUAUUCAUUUUUCCUUCAACUCCUAGUAGCUACUCUUUCAUUUCUCACUCAUCAACACCAGCCAUAGUAUUGGAGACAACUUGUCAAGGAAAUGAUAGAGGAAGCCAAUUCUCUAAGGUGGUCACCAAGUUGAAGGGUAUGGCGAGAAAAUAUAACAGGAAGUACAAAAAAAGAAAAUCAUCAACACCUUAUCAAAAGGGACUGACUUUUUCCAAGGUUAUGCCAAAGGGUGCUGCUAAAAAUACAACAUUUAGUACCAAUGAAGAAGGUAUUUUUUAUAAGGAAAUUACUGAGAAUAUAAAGGAAGUCGCUGAUAAUAGAAAAGAGCUUUCUGAGAAUAGAAAGGAGCUUCUGAGAAUAGGAAGGAGCUUUCUGAGAACAAGAUAG